GCAAGCGAAUGUCCCGCGAGAUGUGCGCACCGUGUUUUGCUCGUGGGCGGGUGGACCGAACGCCCUUCAGAUCUCUUAUGUUGCUUUCGCUGGGCAUGCCCAUGUCUCCGAGGCUGCAAGACGCGCCCUCGCCGCCACUGGCGAGCGAUGCAAUAUUGGCUUCACCGUGCGAGUGGCGAGGGGGCAGAAAAAGAGGAAUCAUUCCUGAUGCGAAGGGCGAUGGAGAAUGGAAAUACAAAGAGAGAGGCAAGAUGAGAUGAAAUAUGGGAGGACGCUCGAAGGGAACGGGGGGGAAAAGAGCACCGACGACGGGUGCGAAGAUGAAGAAGGAAGAACGACCGCGUCGGCGCAGGAUCCCAUCUCGGACCAUGCGCCGAAACUCUCGACGCCACGAACGCCAAAGCACGUGAACGUCACAUAAAUACAGAGUUCUGAUCACUUGUAAUCGUAUAAUCACGUGUGCAGGCGGUCUACAAAUUGUCUGCGUCGGCCGCGUCAUCCGAGAACAGCCCGACUAUCGGGCAGUCCUCCAGGCACGCCUUUGCGGCCCAUUCCAAAUGCUGCUUGCAUAACUCUCGCAGCACCAGAAUGCAAGCCUGGCGGCUGCCCCCAUGAAGCUGCCAACUGCGCGAAAUCAUGGCGUAAGGGGGGAAAUGGCCGUGCCAUGAAUGCCCUACGUUACCCCUCCGUAUGUAGCCGCCUGGAGGGGUCAACAAUUUGGCAUCCCGCUGCUCAAUCAGGCCGUCGGGCAGAGGGCGAGGCGGAGGCGGAGGCGGCGGAGGCCCAGCCUUCGCUUUGGCCUUCGCGUUGGCCUUCGCCUUGGCCUUGGCGGCCGCUGCCUGGUGGACAACCCGCUUUGCCCGUCAGGACUUCUCGAAUUCGCGACACUUCGAAACCGAGUAGCUGAAUUUGCUUUGCUCCUGUUUGAACUCUUGCCUGUCAGUUUCGUCGAGGCACGCGAAGGCCUCGUCGAGUUGGAGAAACUCAUCGACGCUGGAAUUGGCAGCACCUUUCAGGCCCAAUCUUUUACCGAGCACCUCCAAGGCAGCGGGCUCGUCACAUUGCACUUCCUUCAUGACCAUCAGUAACAGAAUAUCCUCAAAUAUGUCGGAAACGUCACAUUACGCUCGAUAUCUGGAAACAUGUCGCUCACAGGUGCCAGCAAUCGGUGCGUGGGACGUUCCUCCAGGAGUCACGCGUAUAUGUUCCUGUCCAGGUCUGCGGACCGAUAACGCUUAUGGUGCGGAUCCUUGCGCGAAGAACACCUGUGGUAAAACAUUGAUUGAUCGCCUGGCGUUCCCCUUGGAAACGGGCGGGUCUCUCCUCAAGCGCACUGACGACGCAUUUGCCUUUUCGGCCGAGAGGCAAACUGCGGCCACCUGAUCGAACCCUCGGGCUCUACGCCAAUCUCAUCACCUGCAUGAGGCUUAGCUCUGCACGCGCCGCGCUCGCCGCCAGGACGAGCCCGGACCAAACUGCGCGAGCACGAGCUGUCCCACUGCGCGGGCGGGCAACGCGCGAGCGCGCCCGUGGUGCCACAGGGCGGUCAGGCCGCGAACGGCACAUCACUCAUCACACCCCUGCUCCAUCUUUUGCCGUUUCUCCUUCGCCGACUGUCUGGCCAUCUUCGAGGCCUUUCUCUUGAUCUGAACCUUCUCGGCUGACGGAGGCAACUUGUCAUCCGCGCAGGCCUCGCCAGCCCUGGCCUUGUCGAUCUCCUCGUCGAUCUCGCGGGAGUGGUUCUCAGUGCGCUGCUUCAGGCCGUCGCCCUCGGGGUCCACCAUGUACUUGUGCGGCCCCUUGCCGAGAGGGAAAAACUUGAAGAUCGGCGCGCCUGUCCUAUCCCCUGGGCGGCAAACCUGGGCCUCCGCGCCGACCAAGGGCGACGCGAUUCGGAACUCCUUCGACCACUUGUAGCCCUUCGCGAUAUCGACAACGUCACCGCUGCUGCGAUGCGUAACCUUCUCAGACAGCUCGUCGUCGUUCCAAGUGAUCACGUGCGCGGCCAACUUCUUCACGUCGACCUUGCCAGUGUGUAAGUCAACAGCCGCCGAAGCAGCUCCCUCGAAAACGCGAGCUGCUACCUUUUUGACAAGCAUGCUGGGGUCCAGCUUCGCGUUGUCGGACAGACCAAGCAAACAAACAGCAUAUGGGCUUGAUGGCCUUCUCUUUCUCGGUCGUGUCCUUCAUCUUUGCAACUAAGGUCGGAGGGAACGAGUCACUGCCGUACUUGGUCAGCCACCAGGCCCACCACUCGACGGGAAUCCUCCGCACCCUCUUGCACUGAGAGCUCCAAGAGCUUUCCCCCGCGCUGGCUUCCUCCAACUUUAUAUGUUCCUCGAUUUUCCCCCGCAGCUCCAGGGGGGCCGUGGGGUUCUUGAGCAUGUAGUCGAUUGUGCGAACCGCUGCGUUGCGAUUCGACACCGCUUCGCCCAGGGACAAUCCAGGGCGCUUUUUUGCUGCAGGGAACUUCGUGGCGAAAGAUUAUGGUGCUUGCGAAUCGCUGGACAGGAUCGCUUCGGUUUUGGAGCCCUGGGAGCACGCGGACGCAACAGAACCAGGCAUCGCUGCAAUGAGGAAUUGCGCAGUGAUGGGAUCUAGCAGCCUGGAUGUGUUUGAGCCUAGAUGGUAUUUCUUGUUGUGUUGUUUCGGUGUGUUUUUC